AUGGAAGAGGUGUACAUGCAGAAACGAGAGGAGAUGGAGAAAGUCAGGAAGGAGAGAGAGGCGACGAUAAAGGCUAAAAAGGAAGCGAAAGAAGAGGCCGAAGCUCGGAGGAAAAUAGCCCGAGGGAAUAUGAUGAGAAAGACUCGACAUGGUCAACCUGUAAUGAAAUACAGAAUAGAGCAUCUUCUCGAAUCAAUCAAGAAAUCUGCUGGAAACGAUGGAAGCAGAACCGCAUGA